CCUGGAGGAAGCCGAGCGCCACGGCGAAUGGCCGAAUGAGACCUAGAGAAUCCGAAUGAAAUCGCCAUCGACGGGGGGCGGCUCGAUCUAGGAGGGAGUUUGGGCGCGGGGGCUGGGGAGGUUCGGCGAGGACUGGCCGGGUUCCGGCCCACUUCCGGUGUGGCUAUAAGGGGCCUUCCCGUCAUCCUCUCUUCCUCUUCGGCAUCUACCCGGGGCCCGCCGCCAUGAAGGUCGAGCUGUGCAGCUUCAGCGGGUACAAGAUCUACCCCGGGCACGGGCGGCGCUACGCCCGCACCGAUGGCAAGGUUUUCCAAUUCUUGAAUGCAAAAUGCGAGUCGGCCUUCCUUUCCAAGAGGAACCCCCGGCAGAUCAACUGGACAGUCCUCUACCGGCGCAAGCACAAGAAGGGCCAGUCGGAAGAGAUUCAAAAGAAGCGGACUCGCCGUGCCGUCAAAUUCCAGAGGGCCAUCACCGGUGCAUCUCUGGCUGAUAUAAUGGCCAAGAGGAACCAGAAGCCCGAAGUGCGGAAGGCCCAACGGGAGCAGGCCAUCAGGGCCGCGAAGGAAGCUAAGAAGGCUAAACAGGCGACCAAGAAAAUGGCAACAUCUGCCGCCAAGGCCCCCACAAAAGCUGCACCUAAACAGAAGAUUGCAAAACCUGUCAAAGUUUCAGCUCCUCGUGUCGGUGGAAAACGCUAAGGCGGCCACCUGUCAGAUAAUGAAAUAAAGAUCUGACAAACUUCUUA